AUGCCUCCGCAAAUCAAGCAGGACCUGAACCGGUCGGGCUGGGAGACGACAGACUUUCCGUCAGUGUGCGAGCGAUGUCUGCCGGACAACCCGUAUGUUCAGAUGCUCAAGGAAGACUAUGGAGCUGAAUGCAAGAUAUGCACCCGUCCCUUUACGAUCUUCCGAUGGAAAGCAGAUCGUACUGCCCGCCAGAAACGUACCAACAUCUGUCUGACAUGCGCGCGUCUAAAAAACUGCUGCCAGUGCUGCAUGCUGGAUCUGUCGUUUGGAUUGCCCAUCGUGGUUCGUGAUGCGGCCCUGAAGAUGGUGGCGCCGGGUCCCCAGAGCGACAUCAACAGGCAGUACUAUGCGCAAGAGCACGAAAGAGAGAUAGAGGAGGGCCGGGGAGCAGUUGAGGCUUAUGACAAGACCGAUGAAAAGGCACGCGAUCUCUUAAAGCGGUUGGCGCAAAGUGAGCCAUAUUACAAGAAACAACGAAGGCUCGAGGCGGAGGGCGAAGGAGCACAGAAAGCGCUUCCAGCGCCUGCAGGAGAGUCCGACUCUGCAGGCGGGCACGUACCUGGACCUAUAAGGACGAGGGAUACGAGGGGUCCGUUAAGCGGCCGCGGUGGGAUGCGACCUGGGCGUGGCGGAUGGAUGGGGGGAGGGCCAGCAGCACCAAGCCCUGAGGACUGGUUACCUCCGAAGGACCCCAAUGUUGCGUCGCUAUUUGUUACUGGAGUCGAAGAUGACCUGCCUGAGCACGAGAUUCGCACACAUUUCGCCCAGUACGGACAGCUUCGAUCGGUUGUAUGUUCACAUCGCGCGCAUUGUGCAUACGUCAAUUACGUAAAGAGGAAGGAUGCAGAGACCGCGGCAGAGACGCUCAAAGGCAAGGUAGUCAUCAAAGGCUGCCCGAUGAAGGUAUCCUGGGGCAAGCCGAAGCAGCUGGACAGCCUCGAUCAGAACGUCCGGAUGAUGUACGCGAAAGAAGGCAGGCAAGCAAGCGGGAAUGCUAGACGCGCGCAAGCUGCCGUUGAAGCGGCUCCAGAGGCCAGCUUUGACAGUUUGGCGGCCAUUGCUCCACCCCCGGGAGCAGACGAUGAAGUCAAUUACGCCAGCUUGGCUGGUAACUAA